CGCGCGCACGCAAACACACACACCACACACACACUUAUACACACGCACGCACACACGCGCUCACGCGCGCGCGCAACCCGGGCCCCCCGCGCGCACACGCACGGGAGCGCGCGAGCGAGCAAGACGCGCACACCCGGCGAGCCAAGUUCCGCAGCCUGGCAUGGCUUCUGGGGACCUUUACGAGGUUGAAAGGAUUGUGGACAAGAGGAAGAACAAGAAGGGGAAAUGGGAAUAUCUUAUCCGAUGGAAAGGCUACGGCAGCACGGAGGACACGUGGGAGCCAGAGCAUCACCUCCUGCACUGUGAGGAGUUUAUCGACGAGUUCAACGGGCUCCACUUGUCCAAGGAUAAGAGGGUGAAGUCAGGGAAGCAGGCCGGAGCCUCCAAGCUCCUCCGAGACGCCCGCAGCCUGCCAGUGGAAAGACUCUCCCAUCGGCCUCUGGAGCCCGGGAAGAGCAAAUCGGCCUCCCACAAGCGGAAGCGUGUCAACUCUCCCCUGUCCAGGCCUAAGAAGGGGUCUUCGGGCAAGGCUCUGGACAGGGCCACCAAGACCGUGUCCUACAGGACUACCCCCAGUGGCUUGCAGAUCAUGCCCUUGAAGAAGGCUCAGAGCGGCCUGGAGAACGGAGAUGCUGGCUCCGAGAAGGACGAGUCACACUUUGGAAACGGGUCCCAUCAGCCAGAUCUGGAGUUGAACGACCAGCUUGGAGAGCAGGAGGCCAGCGACUGCGACGGGACCCACUCCGGGCUGGUGGAGAAUGGAGUUGGCUCUGCUCUGACCAACGGAGGCCUGAACCUGCACAGCCCCAUGAAGAAGAAGGUGGAGACGGAGAAGGACUAUGUCUUUGACAAAAGGCUCAGGUACAGCGUCCGCCAGAAUGAAAGCAACUGUCGGUUUCGUGACAUCGUGGUGAGGAAGGAAGAGGGCUUCACACACAUUCUUCUGUCCAGCCAGACUUCGGAUAACAAUGCACUGACUCCUGAGAUCAUGAAGGAAGUCCGGCGAGCCCUGUGCAAUGCGGCCACAGAUGACAGCAAGCUCCUGCUGCUCAGUGCCGUGGGCAGCGUGUUCUGCAGUGGCCUAGACUAUUCCUACCUGAUUGGCCGGCUGUCCAGCGACCGGAGAAAGGAGAGCACGCGGAUCGCGGAAGCCAUCAGGGACUUCGUGAAGGCCUUUAUCCAGUUUAAGAAGCCCAUCGUGGUAGCCAUUAAUGGGCCAGCAUUGGGCCUUGGAGCCUCCAUCCUACCCCUCUGUGACAUCGUAUGGGCCAGUGAGAAGGCCUGGUUUCAGACUCCAUACGCUACUAUCCGACUCACCCCUGCUGGCUGUUCCUCCUACACCUUCCCCCAGAUCCUGGGUGUGGCACUGGCCAAUGAAAUGCUGUUCUGUGGGCGGAAACUCACUGCCCAAGAGGCGUGCAGCCGGGGCCUUGUGUCACAGGUCUUCUGGCCCACGACCUUUAGCCAAGAGGUCAUGCUGCGGGUGAAGGAGAUGGCAUCUUGCAGUGCUGUGGUUUUGGAGGAGUCCAAAUGCCUGGUCCGAAGUUUCCUGAAGUCAGUGCUGGAAGAGGUGAACGAGAAGGAGUGUGUCAUGCUGAAGCAGCUCUGGAGCUCCUCCAAAGGCCUGGACUCUCUGUUCAGCUAUCUGCAGGACAAAAUCUAUGAAGUCUGAAGGGCCCCGGCUCACCUGCCCUUACUUGCUCAAGGGUCUCAGAAUCCCAGCGGGGCCCUGUGUGUGUCUCUACCAUCGGAGCCCAGGGUCCACCCUAGCCAAGAGUUUGUCAGGGUGUGUUUUCACACCUACGGUUGUAUCCAUUCCUCGUGCCCUUCGGUUGUUCCUCGUUGGUUUGAUUUUGUGUAAAGGUGGGAAACGCAACCCCCUUGACCUCCCUGUGCACCCCCGUCCCAGCCAGCCAUAGAGCCUUCCAGGGAUCCAUCUUCUAAGCGCUCUGCCAGGCCCCGUCGACCUAUCCCCAACUAGCUGAAACACUCCUACCUUGGUCCAGAAGGGGAAGACCAACCUCCCUCAUCCUCCCGACUCAGGCUGUGUCUACACAGUGCCUCCAACUUGGAGAUGAGGCCAUCGUAGUUCUCUGGUUAUGUGAUCUGGGACCAGGGAAUGAUCAUCUUAGGGAACCCACAGACCAUCGAGCGUGCGGUAAGCUCUCGACUACAUAGGCCUGGCUUCGAUCUUCUCUCCAAUGCAACUCGGUGUGACUCUUAAGGUUUAGUCUUAAUACCCAACUGAGUGAUUUACAAACCCAGAUAUUGUACAUUUAGAAAUGUUUUGUUAAAUAUAUAUUUUUAAAACAACGUAAGUGGAAAUUCUGAUAAUUUAUGUGUAUUAUAUGUAAAGCUAGUUUUGCAAAAAAAAAAAAAAGAACAUGACUUACUAGGAAAUUUUUUUCUUUAUUCAGGUUUAUUUUAUUUAUUUAUUUUUGUUUAUAUAUUAUGAAGUCUAUUGUUCACACAGAUCUUAUUUUCAUACCACCCUGGACCAAAUACUAUUCAAGGUGCACGCCGUUUGGUGCGUUCUUGCCAUGAGCCACGUGGAAAGAGAGAAGACAAGAAGGGAUUUAAAAAGACGCAAGCCUGUGCCAGACCCUCUGUGUGCGGCUCGUGUGACAAAAUGCCAGUUCUCUAAUCUUUGAGGACAAGUCAUGGUGGCAUUUUCUCUCUCAGUGUCUAUCAUUCAGGAGAAUGGAGGGCUCUUGUCAGCCCCGUCCCUAAAUUCGUGAUGUUAGGAAGGGAUGGGGAGCAGCUCAUGUUUAGGAUGAUAUAUUGCCUAGGGUGAGACAUUUUUUGCUCUAGGAUAAAUAAGCGAACUUGGGUUUCCAAGACUUUUCCUUCCAUAUGAACGUUACUGUCUUGGUUGGCCUUCUGGGGGUUUUGAGGAAGAAAACGCAGUCUCAGGAGUUUCUUUACGGUCCAAACCUGAACAAUAAAUCUUUAAUUUUUUUUUAAGCUGAGAGAAUACAAGGAAAGCCUUAUCCAGCAUGUAGGUCUCCUUGCCCCACUGGCCCUAGCCUACUGGAGCCUCCAGUAGCUGUCUUUAUGUCAUCCAGAUGAAGUUCCCGGAUCUGCACUGAGGGAGAGUUUGCGUGUGAGUUGAUGAAGAGACAGGAAACGGAAGGGGACUCAUGGUGCCCUCCGUUGGGGCCUCACACCUAUUUGAGAUCAUGUGCUCAGAGAAAAUCAGACCCUGGGGUGUGGGGUCCCAGGCUAGUUCUAGAUGGGUUACAACCUUGACCGCUGUUCUUCAAUUCCCUCUGAGUUUCCCAGCCUUUCUCAGCCCUUCCUUAGUGACAGCGGGGUACAGCGCAGAGUCGGCACAGCUUGUGGAGGGGGAGGUGGGCUGCAAAAGUAGAGAUGGCUCUUUGGCUGCCCUUGAAUGCCCCAGUCACAAGUGAAAGGUAUACAUGGCCCUAAGCUUGGAAUGACGCAGGCAGCUGAAUGCUGGCAUGGGAAUUGGUGAUGUGGCUCUAGACAAUGGCUCCCGUAUGCACUUGGCCUUGUGGGCCUUAGAAUGACCUUGCUUUGCUCUAUAGAAAUGCUUUAGAGCUCAGAAGGGUUCAGGAAGAGAAGAGUUUUACGUCCCUAUUCUCCACCAGCCUGUGACACCUUGGCUAUGGGGAGCCUGAGAAUACAGUCACCUUGGCUGUGUUUGGUCAUAGGAAAAUGGAAUUGAAGCACGUGGGCCCCUGGAGUCCCUAUAGAACACUGUAGGAGCUGUGGACUGGAGAGUAGAGAAUUAAGGAGCCUGAGCCUCUUGUCCCUUCUCCGCUGGGAUGAGCUCCAUGUACACUUUCCCAACACCCUUAAGACAUCUCCUGUUCUUUAUGUGUGUGAUAACUCUUUGCUAUUGCUGCCUCCUCUAUAGGAACUACCUCCCCCAAACCUUUCUGAUUAGCUUCUGAUCAAGCCAGUUUUGUCCAUAGGGAAGCAAGUUGUUGGGAUUCUCUCUAGAAAUAGCAUGGGGUGUUUAGAAAUUCCUAUGACUGGCAGUCCAUCUUUGACUCCCGAGCAUAUAACCAGAUAUGCUCUCUCUCUUGGGUGUUUGAUGGGCGCCACACUUCUGAACAUCCUGAGGAUUCGUGAUGACUGAGGUAGACGCUGACCAUUUCUGAGGUGGAAUUCACACCGCUUGUUUUUAAAGACUGUGUUCUGUCUGUUGGAAGGAGGUUGCUGUGCCACAUGGCACAAGGCAUUUAGUCAACCUACUGGGCUGGCUGAACCACGGGAGUUGGUAUUUUCAGGCUGGUUGUUUGGGUAGUGUGGAGUUGGAAUCCAGAUGACCCACAUACAGCAGAUAGAGCUGGGAUGGAAAAAUACCCAUUCAGUGGUUGUGUCCAGGUUACCCCAAAAGCUUUAUUAAGGUAGGGUGCUGGCUCCCCAGUGUCCUCUCUCUUCCCAUGAGGUCCUUCCGCUUGACCUCUUACCUUCCUUGUUCCUUUCCACACGACCCUCUCCUAGAGCCUGAGUGAAUCUUUUGAGGAAUUGUAGAUGGUCUUUGCAGGCCUGGCGUAAGUGUCCCUUUUGUAUUUGGAAGGACAGCUAUGGGUGAAAGGCAGAGGGUUCCUCUUCUGAGGGAAGGUUCCCUCUAGCAAGCCAUUUGGGACUCUCCUCUGUUCACCACAACCUUGGUGGUGACAACUCCCAUACGACACGGCCGGGGUUAACUGCUCCGACCCCAGGCGACUUUUGAAGAGUUAUAGUUAAGAUGGCCAGACCACCUCAGCACUGGGAAGCCACCACCUAAUGUGGGUGUUCUUUUCCGGUGACCUUUUACUGGGCAGAAGUAAAGUCCGAGGGAAACACGUAUGCAGAGAAGGAGGGGACUAGGGGGGAAAUGGGGAAAUGACGUAAAAUCUCACUCUGUGGCAUAAAUCAAACUGGGAAAUGUCCUCUCGGAAGCUGGGGGAAUAGAUGAUUUCCCUGAGUGAAGUCCAACCUGAGGAUGGGAAAGCAAUGACAGGAGACAUUGGGUAAGGCAGUUCCAUCUCUGAAUCCCUCUUUUACAAACAGCCUUGACUGAACGCUGAGUCGCAUCCCUCACCACUAACUGCUGGUUUCCAAAUUCCUCUUAAAAGGUUUGUUAAAAAAAAAAAAAUCUUUUUAUAUUUUUUUUUAGUUUGGAAUUUAGUCCUAUCUCCACACUUUUUCAAUCUAAUUUCUGUAGAAGGUUUUUUCUUUUAAAUAAAAAAAUAAAAAUUAAAAAUAGAGAUAUCCACCAAUCUUCCUACGGGGACGUUUAGAAGGAAGGCUUGCUUUUCUCCUGUGUUUCCAUAUUAAGAUACUUAGAUCUGUUGUAUAUAUGAGUCAAGAUACCCUCACUAAUAUACACAGUAUUUAAGACUCCAAAUGAGAUUUCUGAAGUAUUUUAUUUUAUUCCCUGUAAAUGGUUUUGUAAAAUCUUGGAAAUUUACACUUUGGUUUUGUAGAUAAAUCUUUGGGGGAGGGGGCGGGAGUUGUCUUGCAUGUGUGUUUUUUGUUGUUGCUAAUUGUCACGUCAUCCUUUCUGCAGGUUUUGGUUGAAAUGCUUAUAGACUUUAAUACAGUAAAUAUAUUUUCAGAAUAUAAACUUUUAUAUUUCUGUGGUAAAUUAGGACAUGCGUUUUAGGCAAUCUUUUCCAUUAAUAUCACUUUUUCCUUCAGGGAAAAAUAUAUCUCAUAUUGGUUUGGUGCCAAUGUUUUGUUUUUUUUUUUCUUUUUUUUUUUUGGUUUGUAAUUUUUUAAAUUUAAAAUCAGAUAGUCGUACAUUAUUAAGAAAUCAAGUCAAAUUUCUUUUUCUCUAGAAGUCAUUGCGUUUGAAAUCUAAUUUGAAAAUGUAUUGAAUUUGUGAAUAAGCCUUACCAUUAGGUUCAAUAAUCCUUCUGACUUUUCAGAACUACAUGUGUAGUUCAAGAUCUCCCCCUCUUCCCCCCCCCCCAUAAAUUCUCACUGUGUGGCAGUUGAUGGAGUUCGGAAAAGAGCCUUAAGCUUGUUGCAAAAAUAGUAAUAUAAUUAAUUAAUUAAAAGGGUAAUACGGGUUGUUUCCUCCAAGUAAGCCAUGUUGGUGGGCUCAGUGCAGUCUGUAAGUCGCUCAUGGCUAAUCUGAAGAGAGUGGUGGGAGGAGGAGCUGAUGGCGGCAGGGACCAGGUAGAUUCCUCGGCGAAUGUCUUUGGCCAUAAGACUGGACCGAGGGUAGGUUUUCUUGAGCCACUUUCAUUCUAGUUGUACGGUUGAGAGAUGGUGACAGAGAGGGCUGCUAACUCAUCAUUUGCUCUAAACAAAUGACAUUUCCUGCUCCUGACCCUGCUGGGGCCCCCAGGGUAGCUAAAAGUCCGUGCUCUCUGAGAGAUGUUAACAAAGUUUACAUAAGAGUCUUGCUGUGUACACAAUCUGAAGUCAGUUUCUGUUCCAUCAUCGGCAUCGCCAUGUGUCCUUGGUGUUUCUGCGAGGAAGUGUGUGUCAAGCCAUACUAGAGUGGGGUGUAGCUGGAUGAGGGUACUGUAGCUACAGAGAGGGGGCAGCAGGUGAUCUGGCUCCUCCAGGGCUGUUUUGAUGGCGCAAAUAAUCACAGAAGUAGAGUUAAGUCUCAAAAAAUCAAGUUAUAAUAUCUUUUGGUAGGUGGUACUCCAGCCAUCACCAGCUGAUUCUCCUUACCAACCCUUGAAGUAGGAUCUUGCAUUUAGGGCUAUGUGGCUUAGCGUGCGGUCCAUCUCUAGGAAGUGUCCAAAGUCACUUUCUCAGCCUUUGGGAUUAAGAUUGGCAUGUGUCAGUCAGAAGACCUGAUGUCUGGAGUUAAGCUUCAGCCUUAUGUCUCUGGGUUUGCCUCACCCUCCUUACCCCGACAUCUAGACUGAUGCGGGAGCUUACCGACUCCAGGAUGUUCAGAGGGUGUAGAGUUCUCCAUCUAGUCUUUAACUUACCGUUGUGCCAUUAGUCCCAGCUUGAAGUUAUUUUCUAAUGUCUACGUUAACUAGAUUGUGAAAAAUGAUUGCCUUUCAUAAAACCAAGGACCAAAGAUUCCAUUAUUCCAGCCAAACAUGAGUUUCAUAAGCUGUAGGCACAUCUGCGUCCAGAUGUGUGAGUUUCAUGGCACAGAGGAACCCUUGGUUCCUCCCACCCCCAAACUCAUGCUCCCUGACUUGCCAUGCCAGAGAAGUCGAAUAUCUCUUGAAAAGGCUCUGAAGGAAGAGUUUCUGAGAUGGGAACUUCGUAUCUCAGGUGGGUGUUUCUGCUUGUAUAGCCUUAAGUUUUCAUUUAUCCCCAUUAUAAAAAAUGGAGGUCAGGGAUCCCUCCGGGUAUCUAACCAUGGUCAACUCUUCCAUUUGCACGUGGGCCUCUAGCUGAAGUUUUGCAGCUAGGUCUUCGGUGGUACAUCCCGUGUGACUGCCAGAUGUCCAUCUCUUUAGUUUCUCAUCAAGCCAUCCCACUUCCUGCUUGGUAGAACAAGAAUGUUCCCCGGUGCCCCCACCAUUUCAUCCCCCAUUCACGAUGAUGUCAUUGGCCUCUUAACUAAUCCAGAAGACUGAUGUUAAAGAAGUGGUAUUCUACUGGUAAGGCUUAUUACCAAACUUUGGAUACUGAAGCAGGCUACCAAAAACAUAUCCAGCUCGCUCUGGGAGUGUCUGGGUUGGAUCACGGACGUAGCGAACACACCAAAAUCCACGGAUACCUUUGCAGGUUAGGUUGCUCAUUUUUGUUUUUUUGCCAGAUUUUCACGGGAAGGUCUUUAUUUCGUUCUGGAUCCUUGUAAGUAUGAGUCCUUCAUAGCAUUAUAUGCAGGUUUAGCUGGUCCAUUCUCCACGCUGUAAAUAUUUUCCCCAAACUGGGUGCAGUACUGAGGGUAAUAAUCUUCCGAUUUAUCAAAUGCUGACUGUCUAGAGCAAAUCGUCCGCUCUUUGUGAAUGGUCCUGUAACGUAUAUGAACAUAUUUCUGGGUGCCUUAGAAGUUGUAUUUUUCAUGUGUGCUAAUAUGCAGUAUUUAUACAUUGUGAGAAGCUGCUUUGAAUAAAAAGAUUGAAACUUU